AUGACUGAGAACUCACGCCGGGGUCGCAAGAUAGCUCGGCGAGCUUGUGACCUCUGCCGGGAUCGCCGCAUUCAGUGUAAUUUUUCAGACGAAUCAGCCGCUGCUUGCCGGAGAUGCCUGCAGGCCGGCGUAUCUUGCACGUUUCUGACGGAACGGAAGCCUCGGGGCCCUCCUAGUCGACAUGUCGUACAGGCUCGACAGAGAGCUGAGGCCAUACAAAUAGCCAGCCAAAGCCCAAAUCCACUGCCCAUUGGCCGCAUCACGGUUGCUCAAUUUCUUCCCGAGCCGGUCUUCUUGGCCGUUCUUGACGACUACCUACAACGAGUCUACCCGUUGCUUCCGUAUAUACAUGUGCCAACCUUCACCUCAAGGCUAGCUUCGCGUGACUACGAGCGUGACCAGCUAUUCUUCCAGCUCUGCCUAGCCCUCUGCGCUGCAACAAUAGCGUCAAUCCCGAGGACCUUGGAUUCUUACGGCAUCACGAGCUACAGUGACACCGGCGAGAUGGUGGAUAGAGCGUCAAACUUAGUGCUCGUUGGCCGCUUAGCCCUGGGGACCAACUGGAUGGAUCGCCCUUCGGUGGAUUCAAUCAUCAUCUCGCUGCUCCUUGCCAUGGCAUCGCACUACGCUGGCAGAUCGAUCGCAGGUUGGGCGUACACCAGCGAGGCAAGCCAUUGUUUUCGCGAAAUGAAGCUUUACAAAGAAGAAUCCUAUGAAAAGCUCAACAAGAUACAGGCCGAGCUGUGCAAGAGAUGUUUCUGGCUCAUUCUCAUCAUCAAUAUACAUGAUCGGCUGUCAUACAUUGUCCCCCACACCGGCCUCGCAUAUGACCCAAAGCACACAAGCUGGGAGUUUCUGCUACCGCUCGAGCUGAGUGACGAGCAGCUCCUAGAUCCAGCGGCAAUCUCGACGUCUACCCCUGUUAUAUCUGGGUUUGUCGCUCUCAUCCACGUGUUCACAUGCAUGGUCGAUUUACUUGACACAGCCUUUCCCGGGGCGCCGUCAUAUUUCCAACUCACAUCCUCGUCCCUUUCGGCCCGCCUAUUCGCGGACGCCACUCAGGAACCGCAGCGUUCGAUCGGCUUCUCUGACGACCACAUCCUAGACCCGCUCGUACUGGUCAUGGCAAGGCUCGAGGGGACUCUUCAGAAAAUACCAGACUCGCUCAAGCUUCCUAGUCCAGGGUCCCCUCCUCUAUCACACCUAAUGGGCCCUCGAAAAGCGGAGCAAUUUGAAAUCAUGAGAGCCAAUAUUCACAUCACCAGCAUCUACAUCCAAUCCUUGACCCUGGAAAUGUGUUUGAGUAAACUAGAAGGCAGACGCCCCCCCUCUAGCGGCGCCCAGGAGAAGGACGUUGGUCCCCAGAAUAGUGGAAUCAUUGAUCAGCUUUGGAAGAUGAGGGAAUCCGUUGCACAAGAGCUUUUGAGCAUUGUCAACGUUUCCGCGCCUGCGGUCCUGGAAGCCAAUGGCAACUCGAUGGAAAGUGGUUCGAAUCUCUCUUCGUGA